AUGUUUCGGCCCGCCCCAGCAUCCAUUCCAUUGGAUUUGGCGAUAGAGCUUUCUGCGCUUUACGCCGUUAGGCGAGCGAAACGCGAGGAAAUAUCUGGCCCAGUUCUUACCGUGAUCCCCACACUACGAGAACUCGCUGUUGCUACAAUGCUCGACAAUCUGCUAGAAGCAGGGUCCGGGAUGCUCACCCUCCCGGAACGCUAUAAGGAGGAUAUGAUCAGCAUGCUCCCACUUGACGUACCAUUGUCGCGGGUGUUUUGUAUUACGGAUGACUCCUAUUGGAUUCGGCGCUAUCGCUAUGAGUUUGGAUGCAGCGACUGUCUGCCACGGAUUUCCGAUCCGCGGGCAUUUUACUUGGAGGCCCUUCUAUCUAAGCUCUUGCUUGCUUCUUCCUUUAAUGCAGCCGACUCUUUCGAUGCAAACAAACAAGCAACUGAGGUGUUAGAACUAGGUGGACCAAUUAUUAAGCGGCUGAUUCUGCAUAUCCAAGCCUGUGGGGUGGACCUUGGGGCUGUGUUUGCAAAACUCCCAAGCUUAGCACACAUUCAAGUGAUCUAUGAUAUGCCCAACAUUCAACCCUCAUCGUUAUUGGGGAGCAUAGACAUGCAUAAGCCGUCCACCUCUAAUCUCCUUGCAACAUCUGACACUCUGGUCAUUAAGGGCAGGGCACUACCCGAACUAUCUCUUGAUAUUAAGGAUCCAGCAGCACCCUUUCAUAGGCUACCGGAUUACAACCACUUGGGGAUGCUACUGCAUCGUGAUGUCUGUGGAACCACGAUUCCUACGGGGUGCUUGCAUGAAGCUAACAAGGCUAUAGGCGGCACACCUGAAAGACUUGUCGAGCUUCUAGAUACCUUCAGAUACAUCCAGUAUCCCCUACAGUCGAUAUCCAUGGUCAGCUCAGCUCUGAAUAGCGAAGCAGCAUGCGUCUUGGCCAAGGGCCUCCAAGAUAUGUCCUUCAAAUUGGCGUCAACAAGAGUAGGUCAUCAUCUGUCCAUUGAUUGCCUUGAUUUAUCUUAUAACAACAUAGGAGACGGUGCUAUCCAUGCUUUAUCCAAGCUCUUCGUUGAUUCUGAAAAGCAUAGCUUGCCUGCUAUUCUUACAUCUUUACGCCUCACGGCUAACCUGGUGACGAAAGCGGGAUGCGUUUUUCUUGCCAAGGCAAUCGGUCAGCCAAAGUCACGGCUACGAGCGCUUACCUUGAACGGAAAUAGCAUAGAGACGGAUGGAUAUACAUUGCUGGCCAACGGAAUCCUGAAAGCGGCAAUCAAAUACUCUAACAACCACUUGACUGAUUUGGGCCUAGCCGCCUGCGGUAUAGUACUGGACGCCUCUGCAUUUAAGAUAAUUACCAAGUUUAUUCAGCGCACCGCGCUUGAGUGCAUUGAUCUAGGAGGGAACGUGCUUAUUGGAUCGAGUGUGCAGCCUGCAUACCCUGCCCGUUCUGAAUCACCGAUCUCUGCAAGUACCGAGACUAAGACGAGAACGGGCGAUGUUAAUCUUGAAGAUACUGGCUCAGACACAAUACUGGAGAAUCUUUCCUCAUCAUCGAAGAAAGAGGAGAAUCUCUUAAUUGCAGAGUUCAAGGCUAUUUUAGAGGCCCUGAGAGCACGCUAUGAUGCCUGCAAGUUUGAGAAUGGCGUGUUCCAGGGCUGUGGAACCCCUUGUAUAUUGACGCUUCCCGAGGACUUUGAUAUCAUUCCGGAGAACCUGUACAGAUCGCUUCAUGAGAUCAAUCAUCAAAGCAGCCUAGCUUUAAAGUGCAUUGUACGCACUCGAGAGGCCGCCUGUGAACCCGAGGAUCUUCACAAGCCAGCAGUCGAUAUCCUUUAA